AAGUUGCAGUUUUGGGCUCGGAGCAUAGUAAUCAACAAACUAGUCGCCAAAACCCUCCUCACGUGCCACCAUGAGCAAUGGCGCCAAGUCCGCUGUUGAUAUGAUUGCUGGCAUGGAGAAGCAGGAGAGGAUCCUGGUGAUCGAUUUUGGGUCCCAGGUGAGCCACCUGAUUUGCCGCCGCGUGCGAGAAGCGGGCGUCUAUUGCGAGCUGAGGUCGUGCUUGCUGAAGUUGGAUGAUGUCACCAGUUUCCAUCCCAAUGGCAUUAUCCUUAGUGGAGGGCCUCACUCUGUUUAUGACAAGGAAGCCCCACAUCUCAGCAAGGAGAUCUGGAACCACAUCGAUGAGAAGAAGUUGCCUGUCUUUGGCAUUUGCUAUGGACAGCAGGAGAUGUGCCACUUCUUGGGGGGGGAAGGUUGAGCCUGGAGUGAAGCGUGAGUUCGGCCACGCAGAGCUGCUCAUCAGGGAGGAUGUGGCUCAUUUGAGCGCUGAUGGAACCAAGAAGAUCAAGGGCCGAAGUCCCAUCUUCGAGGGCAUCAGCACUGAGCGGGUCCCAGUUUGGAUGAGCCACGGUGACAAGGUGACUCAGAUUCCUUCGGGUUUCACCUCCAUCGCCUAUACCUCUAACACGGAGUAUGCGGCUAUUGAGGAUCAGACACGCCAUUUCUACGGAGUCCAGUUCCACCCCGAGGUGACCCACACUCCCAGCGGCGCCACAAUGAUCAAGAACUUCGUCUUGAAGGUGGUCGGCUGCAAGGGCGAGUGGAACAUGCAUGACUUCUGCCAGAAGCAGAUUGACAUCAUCAUGAACAAGCUCGAGGACAAGUACGUAGUGGGCGCGGUGAGCGGCGGCGUGGACUCCAGUGUGGCCGCCGCAUUGGUGCACAAAGCGAUUGGAGAUCGCUUUCGCCCCUUCAUGGUGGACACGGGUCUGCUCCGCAAGGACGAGGCAAAGAUUGUGAAAGAGCGUUUGGAGAAGCACAUCCCAGGGAUGAAGCUCAAGGUCCUGGAUGCUAGUGGAGACUUCUACAAGGAGCUGUCCGGCGUGAUGGAGCCGGAGAAGAAGCGAAAGAUCAUCGGCAGGCUCUUUGUGGAGGCCUUUGAAAAGGCAGUCUCCGAAAUGGGCCUUCCCCACGAGAGGUGCUUGUUGCUCCAGGGUACCUUGUACCCCGACGUCAUUGAAUCCACCUCCUACAAAGGACCCUCCAGUGUCAUCAAGACGCACCACAAUGUCGGUGGCCUCCCGGACCGGAUGAAGAUGGAGGUCAUCGAACCCUUGAGGCUUCUCUUCAAGGAUGAAGUGCGAGCGCUUGGCAACGAGCUCGGGCUGCCAGUGACCUCGGUGAUGAGGCAUCCAUUCCCUGGCCCCGGCCUGGGCAUCCGGAUCAUCGGAGAGGUGACCAAGGAGAGCGCGGACACCUUGUCCUUGGCUGACGACAUCUACAUCGAAGAACUGCGAAAGAACGGCCACUACGACAAGAUUGGCCAGGCCUUUGCUGUGCUCCUUCCCACCGUGCGCUCCGUGGGUGUCAUGGGCGACCACAGGACUUACGAGAACGUUUGCGUACUCAGAGCAGUGACCACCACCGACUUCAUGACGGCGGAUUGGUAUGACAUGCCACAUGAUGUGCUGGCAAAGAUUUCCAACCGCAUCAUUAACGAGGUGAAAGGAAUUAAUCGAGUAUGCUAUGACGUGUCGUCCAAGCCUCCCGCAACCAUCGAGUGGGAGUGAGCUCUUCCAAGUUUCACGAAACAUUUCGAUUUCACUUAAGACAGGCGGGCGGCCGGGGGGGUAUGCGUGUGAAUGUCGGCG